AUGUUGCGUUUCGUAGCCCUAUUCGCUUUCGUUAGCUGUGCCUUUGCCGGUGCCAUACCCGAUGAAUUGGAUGGUCGCAUUGUCAAUGGUGUGGACACCACCAUACAAUCUCAUCCUUAUCAAGUUUCAUUGCAACUCAACAAUGGUUUCCAUUUCUGCGGAGGUUCAAUUGUCAGCGAAGACAUCAUUGUGACAGCUGCUCACUGCAUGCAAUCCUACAAGGCUUAUCAAUUCAAAGUACGUCUAGGCUCUACUGAAUACGAUAACGGUGGUGAAUUGGUUGCCGUCAAGGCUUUCAAAUACCAUGAACUUUACAAUCCCGAAACCAUGGUUUACGAUGUAGCUGUCAUCAAAUUAGCCACUCCAGUUCGUGAAUCCUCCAAGAUCCGUUACGUUAAAUUGUCUGAAAGAACACCGGCCACAGGCACUACUGCUGCUGUUACCGGCUGGGGUUCCAAAUGCUUCUUGUUGUGUCAAACUGCCCCCAAGGUAUUGCAAAAAGUUGAAGUUGAUAUUGUUGAUGAGAAGCAGUGUGCCUCCAGUGAGUACAAAUACGGUGACCAAAUCAAGGAAACCAUGUUGUGCGCUUUUGCUGUUAAGAAAGAUGCUUGCCAAGGUGAUUCUGGUGGUCCAUUGGUGGCCAAUAAUCAAUUGGUCGGUGUUGUGUCUUGGGGUAAAGGUUGUGCCUGGGCUGGCUAUCCUGGUGUUUACUGUGAUGUUGCUACUGUUCGCAGCUGGAUCGAAAAGACUGCCAAACAAUUGUAA